AUGGGAGAUUUUGAAUAGUAGCUUUUUAAACUUAGUCUCUUUAAAAGCUUAGAUGAUCAUGAUUUAGGUAAACCACCUGAUUAUCAAAGCAGCGAUUAGUCAGUAAGUUAAAAUGACGAUUCUUUGAUCAUACCAAAUUUUUAUAGAAAAUCAUAGCAGGAUUAAUAGUAAAUCGGAGGCAAAAACACUAUUUAAAAGUAGGAAAGCUUGAAAACAAAUAACUCACACAGAAGCAAAUCAGCUUAUCCUACCAAAAAUAUUAAUAGAAAUUCUUCUUUGAAUAUAGUUAAAGUAGAAAACUAAAAUUAGCAAUUCUUUACUCCUAAAAAGCAGAAUAAUCAGAUAGUUAAUUCUAGUUCUGUUCACAAUGAAUAUUAGUAAGAUACAACAUAAACUAGUUAUAAUAAAAAUAUGCUAAAGACAACUAGCUCAAACUACAUUUAAUCGAACGAAAAAGAUCAUUAUUUUAGUAAUAAAAAGAAUUACAUUAAUAAAAACAGCUCAAAAGGUCAUAAAAAAAGUGGUCUUAGUUAAAGCUAUGCUGAAAACGAUGGUUUAAAUAAGGAUUCUGACUCUGAAGAAAGAGAAGAAAUCCAAAGAAGAAGAAAUUUUGAAUUAAAUAUGGAAAGCAAAAGGUAAAUGCUUGAAUUUGAAUUUGAACAAUCAGAAGAUAGAAGGAGAGCUUAGUUAAAAUAGCUCCAAAACUCUUAAACUAAAUCUCAGUUAGUAGAUGUUUUAAAUGGAUGGGUAGAUUUAAAUAAAAAAAAAGAGAUGCAACUUCAGUAGCUCUAAAAUACACUGGCUAUUAAAGAUAGUGGAAAGCCACCAAAAUUGCUAUUUAAGAAGUUAAAUAAUUCCUAAUAGGAGACAAAGUAAUAGAGGUCAUUGAGUGCAGCUUAAUAUUCUGCCUCAAAAAGUUAGUUCAAUUAAAGAUUAACAUUUCAUAAUAAAAAUACUCAUAGCUUUGGAUAUAUUAUUCCUUAAUCGUAAUAUUUAGCUUCAACUUAAGACUUUUUCCCACUCAAAUAAGAAAAAGAUACAUCAGCACUUGAAGAAAGAAUAUAAAAUAUUAAGCAAGAAAUUGAUAGAGUAGAAUCACUGAUUUUCAAUUAAAAUCAAAUUCAGCAAAAUAUGCAAUACGAAGUCAUCAAUUUAGGCUAUACUAUUAAUAAGAAAAGAAAGAGUAUAAAUGGCAAAUAGCAGCUAAGAACUGAAUUUGAAGAUAAAAAUUCUUAGUUUGCCAAAAUAAAAUCUAAAAUCUAAGUCAAUAAUUCUCAAACUAAGAAAAACCUUAAAAAUCUAUCAGAAUAAUACACAGAAGUUUCAGAAAAAUAAAAAGAAAUAUUAGGAGAACAAGUGAAAAGAUCAAUUGAAAACUAAGUAGCAGUAAAACAUCAAAAGGAUAAUAUGUGCAAUCUUUUAAUUUAAAUUGAGAAAUAAAAGCAGGUUUUAUAAGAAACAGAGAUAGAAUUAGAAUAACAGGAAAUUAUUGAAUAAAAAUUCAAAGAAAGAAACCAAGAAUAAUUGAGUUUGAUAUAACAAAUAAAAGUUUUAGAUGAUUUGGAUAGCUUGUUCUUAAAAGAUUAAGUAAAAUACUAUUUAAACAGCUAAAAAUUAGAGCAUAUAGAUAAAUAUAUGAGUAAAGAUUAGAGUGUACUUUUUGAUGAUUUUAGUUUAUAGUCACCUUUAAUAAGAUAUAAGUAAUAAAAUGUAUAAUAGAAUAAAGAUUUGGAUAGAAAAUAGUUUUUAUAAAUGCUCGAUGAUUUUUAUGAGAGACAUGGAGAAGGGCCAGUAGAGUUAUCUUACUCACUCUUAAAUUAUUUUUAGCAUUUGUCUAAUUAAUUCGAAGGACAUAAGAUGGCCUACAAUGAACUUAACUUUUAAAAGUAAGAAAAAAGUUUAUUAGAAUAAUAAGUAGAUGAAGAUUUAUAAUAAUUAAAGAUAGCUUAAUAUGAUUCGCCAGAAUCUCAAUCUAAAAGAUAAAUAAUAUAAUAAUAAGUUAAUUAAACUUAAAGGCUUGAUUUAAUUUAGCAUCUUUAUGUAGAAAAAUAGCUUAAUUUAGGAGUUAAAAUUUUCCAAUAAUCUUAAAUGCUGUAAGAAGAAAUUUAAAUAAGUGAAAAAACACUUUUGUAUUCUUUCAUGGGAAUAGCAGAGAGUUUUAUAAGAAAAGCUAAAAUUCUUUUGCUCAUGCAAGAUUAAUGCAAAGUAAAUUUAGGAUAAGAUCUAUCAGACUAUAUUCAAGAGUCUAUUAAUAAAAUAAAUAAAAUGAUUAGAAAUGAUGUAAAAGUAUUGAAAAAGUAAACAAGUGAGAAGAAGUUUGAAAUACCUUAAGAAUUUAUGAAAGAUAUGGGAAAUUUUAAAAGGAAUUUAGGGUUAAAACUUUUAAGCUAGGUAAAAUUAAAUGAGAGUAGUCCUAAGAAAGAGUUUGAUGAUAAUAAUGUUUUAAUUUUAUUCAAUGAAUAUUCUGAUAUUCUUCAAAAACAUCAUAAAUCUUAGAUUUAGCCUGAUAAUUCAGUUCUUGAAAAAUGGAUUUAUGAACUGAAAAAUGACAAUAUUAUCAAUGGAUUUGCUAACCAAAAUAUGAUAAUCAAUUUCUUAAAAAAAUUAGAUUGCUCUGAGCAAGAUUCUGUUGAUGUAAGCUUUUCUUAUAUUUUUAAAAAUAUGCAUCUUCUUAAGAAGGAGGCAUGGAAUAAUUAUUAAGAAUGUCUUGAGUAAAUCUUUUAACUUGAAGAAAAUUUACUCAAUAAAAUAAGAGUCAAACAAGAGGAGUUGCUAAAUGAGAUAAUUGCAGCAAGCCCUAAAUUUUAGAACAAAAGAACAAAAGAAGCCAAAAAAAACAUUAAUUAUUUGUCAUAAUAAAAAUUUCCAUUUAUUAAAGACUUUGAAAAUUUAAAUCAAGUAAUCUUAAGUGAGAAUAAAGAAGCUGUUAAUCGAAUCGAAAGUUAAAUUGAUAACCCUCAAGUCACUCCUAUUGAGCGUAAGAAACAAGCAAAUGAAAAUAAAAAUAGAAAAGCAGAGUUUGACAUUGAGUUUUUCUUAGAGAAACUUAAAACAGAUGGUAAAAAGAAUUUGAAAAAGGAAAUAAUUGAGAAUGAUGAAAAAAUAAGAAGGGAAGAGGAGAAGGAAAGAAGAAAAAGUUCGUUAUUAUUUAAAACUGAUCAAGAAGAAUAUUUUUAAUAUAAAGAGUCUCAGCACUUCGAUUAAAAUGUUGUAGAAGUUAAAAAUAUAAAAGAAAAAGAUUAAGACUAAGAUGCUGAAAAUACUCAAAUUCUUAAAUAUCCUCUUUACUUUCAAAACUUCAAUGACAAUAAUAAAAUCCAAAAAAAUCAACAGGAACUUGAAAACAAGUAGUAUUUUUAAAUAAGGAAAAGGGUUAUAUCUUGUGACUAGCUGAAGUAAAAAAGAUAAACCACAAUCAAUUAUGAAGAUUUUAUCAAACCAGAUGCUAUUGGAAGUGCUAGAAAAGAUCUUGCUCUUAAUUCAAAUCUCAUCAACCACAUUUCAAAACUUGAAGCAUCUACUUAAAGCAUUGAUAAAGAAGGAUUAGAGAGGAGUCUUAGAUACCAAAAAACAUACCUUGAAGAUAUAAACCAGAACAUGAAUAAUAAAAAAAUAAAAAAAUAAGUUAGACUUAAUUCUGAAACAAAUGCCAGUAAUUUCAAUGAAUAAAAUAUGAAUAAUUAAAAUGCUUAAGAAAGAGAUGGCUAAGGAUAAAUUUAAAAGGAAAGAAAGGUAAGUCCAUUUAGUUAUUUGAUAAAAGCUAGAACAGAGUCCAGUCCUGAUUACUAUCAGCAAGAGCCUAAUUAGUUAUAAAAAAUAAAUAAAUACUUAUUCUUAAAGACUUUAAAAGAACCUUAAAAUAAUUAGUAAUUGUCUUAAAAUAUGCAAGCAAAUAAUAAAAGAAAAUAAAUAAAUGGAAACAAAUCUGAGGCUAUUUUAAAAAAAAGAAUAUUACCCUACAAAAAGAGCUUUCACUCAAUACUGAACAGCAUACUUGAUGAGUAAAUGAAGUUAAAGUAAAAUAACAAGAAUACCUAGAGUAAAGAGAAUCUUCUGAAUUAGAGGAAGCCGUCUAGUGAUAUAAAUGGAGCUUAACAAGAAAACUAACAAAAUAGUGAAAAAUUAAAUUAAUAUAGCUUAACUUUUGGUAAAUUAACAAAAGAUAAUGAAAAUACUGAAUAGUAUCCUUAAUCAGAUUAGAAAAACUUAGAAAACAAAUAGAUUUAAUUUAUUUAAUAACAACCAAGAAACUCUUUAAUAAAACCCCAAAAGGUUUAAAAUUAAGACGACAAACAAAACUAUUAAUAGCAAUCAUAAUAAGCACUAAAGAAGUUUUUAAAUUUGAAAGUACAUACUUAGAUCAAGCAAAAUAACUCAUAUUUACAUAAAAAUACUCAUAACUGA